AUGGACGCCUGUGCCCGUAUCCGAGGAGUUCCUCUCAGGACCAGAGCCUCCAUCAGGAAAGAGGUUAGAGUCAGACUGCCAUAUUAUGAUUCAUUGAUUGACUGAUCGAUUGAUUGAAUUCAUUUCAUUUUUGAUAACCUGGUGCUGUGUGUGAGGUUGUGCAUGUGUGAAACCUGAGCUAACCUCUAAUUGUGUGUAUGGUGUAGACGGUGCGUGACAGCGGGCCUCAGUGUGUGAAGAGCCUUCUGAGGAACAGGAAGGAGCUGUGCAGCAUGGGACUAGAGCUACAGACCAGAGACACACCACGCCUGACUGAGGUGUAUAUCACAACACACACACACACACGCUUUGAUUAUGACUUCAUGAUUUUGAGGAUUUCCCUGACUUGUCCCUUUCUUCCCACAGAUCCAUUUUGUGUGUUUGCCUGGCCACUCUGAAGGGGAGGAUCUAACUCUACAGGUGAGACUUACUGCACCAGCUCUGACUCUUCUGGAGUUCAAUGAAUGUGUUAUUAAAGCAGCACUCAGCAGUAGAAACAAUAACAAAGUGUUUCGGUAAAAAGCUGAGAGAUGAAACGUAACCACUCUCAAAUUCAUAGACAGAGUUGUGGAUGCAAGGACUGACCAUCCAUGAAAUGAAAAUUAUAGUUUGAACCAUGUUUUGAAGCUAUAGUGUUUGUUUACAUUUACUUUGUUUACAAACACUGGAGUUAAACAAGCUUAUAUUUUGGGUUCUGAUGGGGGACAGUUGAACUAAGCUCAUGAGGCAUUUAUUUAUAAGUUAUAUUCUUCAAGAGGUACAUAUAAUUCUAUAAGUCCAGAAAUGUAUGUAGCAACUGCUGAUUGCCCCUUUAAGUGAUGCGUUAUUAAUGUAUUAUUUGUGUGAUGUUCUGUCCCCGUCCCCAGGCCCUGUCGUCUCUCCCAGGGGACCUGGCGGAGCUGCUGAGGUCUCCCCACGUUACAAGCCUGAGGAACGAAGAGGUGCUGCUACUGAAGGACAGCAGGAGACCAGCCGACAGUAGGGACUCUACUACACAGGUAGACAUGAGAGGAGAGGAGGACGUUUUUAAUUGGUAAAAGGGUCAAAGACUGUGUUUCUCAGGUCUAUAGACUGCUUCAGAGGAAAUACAGUAUUUCACAGGUAAAUAAGAGUUCAAUAUAGUUUUGAAGCUGAUUCAUAGGACAUUACUCAGGCUGCGCGCAAAGGCCUGAGAGAUUCUGUGUUUUCACCCUGUUGAACCUAGCCAGGUGUACAGAUGUCUGGGUUAGUGUGGUUGCUCCUUUUCUCACCAGUGAUUGCCACAUUGUCCUGCCUGGUCCCAUGUGUCUGUGCUAGUGUUCAGUCUGGCUCUGCAGCGUUGUGGUUACAGUGUGUGUGACAUACAGAUAUACAGACAGGCAGUGCAACUAAAACUGAGCCUCUCAACCCAUGGUGGUCAAGACAGAAGUGACACUGAGUGUUCUAUUCUACAAAUACAACAACACAUCAGACCACAAUCAGACAUGCAGACAUAACAAGGCUGUCCCAGUAGAGCCCCUCUCUCUCUGUAAGACACAGACCGAAGGAAAGAGAACUCCUGUGUGAAUUCCUGUGAGUUUCCAAAGCCAAAGACUCAGAUGAUUAGCGAGUCUUGGCAGGCGCUGACAGUCUGCAGAACUGCUAAUUGUCCCUUGGCAGUAAGAAUAAACGACUGUACCAGGCAGUCAGCAAACUCGGACUGUUUCUUCUCUCCUACACAGCAGUGCUCGCUAAAAACAGUGUGUGUUCUAAGACACAGCUCCAACCCCAGCCAGGCCAUUGUUGGUGUGUUGGUGGGCCUGCUGGGGCGUUAUGCUGCGGGGGUCCGCUAUGCCCUGGAUCUCCAGGCCCUCCACAAGGGCACGGCUGAACCCUGCCAGCCGGAGGACGAUGACACCAACCAGUCUGUGUCUUCCAUUGAAGACGACUUCGUCACCGCUCUGGAACACCUAGAGGAGGAGGACACUGGAGAGAAUAACAACUGUAGGUUCAUCACAACUCUAUGUAGAGGGAUGUUCCAUAGAGCAUGAUGUGUUCACUUAUUGUUGCAUAUCCUGAAGUGUUAACUAAAUUAAGACCGAAACAUUUACCCCCCACUCUCUAUCUCCCUCUCCUCUCUCCCUAGCCGAUGGCGCUUAUCUCCAUGGUAACCAGCGUGAUGUGGCCUCCCAGACAGUCCCUGCCCACAAGAGAGACAAGGACCUAUCAGGCUCCAGGAUCAUAAUCAGCUCUGCCCACAGGAAGUCCUCAACCAAUCGCAGGUCUCCCCCAGAGGUGUCCGUUACCGUACAGUGCUCCAGAGGGGCAGACUCCCAGUGGACCCUCUGCAGCCCUAGAGCCCGGCUCCCCUCCCCCACACGCCCUGUCAGCGAAUCAGAGGAGUCGGACGGCUCCAGCCCUAGUCCAAUCAUCUUCCUAGAUGAGGUUGGCUACCAGAAAAGUCUCAAAGCGACACUGGACAUUCCUCAGAUCCCCGGGGGGCCGACGGACAGAGUGGAGGACUCUGACUCUGAGGUCAGCGAGUUCUUCGACAGCUUUGACCAGUUUGACGACCUAGACGAGCUGAGCUCAGAGAGCUGUACACUCACCCUGCCUUUAGACCCGACUUCCUCUGUUACCAUUACCGGCCCAGACCAGAAGAAGAAGUACUCUGGUACUGGCAAGUCAGGGUCCAAGAAAGUGUCCCGAAGCUGUUCCACCAUGAACCCCCACCGGUUCGACCAUCGCAGCCUCCCUGCGAAUGUGAAGAAACCCACCCCGCUCAGAAGCCCCCUCCCCCCCAGCUCUCCAUAUGGAUCCCCUGACUCCCCCCGGCCGGCCCGGACCUCCUGUGAGGAGAGUGGAGGUCCUCUGUUCAGCUCCUCAGCCUUCAGCCCUCUGGGAGAUGGAGCUCUGGAUUACUUCUGGAAGACCGAGGGAGAUGGAGGAGACGAGUCAGAGCUAAAGAAACCCCAGGACCUGUGUUCCCUCUACAAGACUUACUCAGACUUUGCCAGCAGUCUGUCCAAGGAGAUCCUGGGCUCCGUGUGUGGCUACCAGUCUCCUGUGGACAUCAACGACAACAAGAACCUGAGCUGUGUCUGUCACAAGGAGUUCCAGAACCAGUCUGGACACAUCAUGAAGCUGUCUGAGAUCCAGGAGACGGUGACUGUCUCCAAGCUGCAGCAGCAGCCCCAGUCUCUGAAGGACGGCAUCCAGAGGUUUGCCACAGACUUGGUAGAGAUGAGUCUGGGCAGCGCUCUGAGAGACCUGCAGAAGGGAGUGUCCUCUUGCACCACCACCCUCUGCCACCUGGCCGCCAAACUCACCACUUCCGUCUUUCAGAUGGCCUUCCAGGAGAUCGGAAUGCGCCGCGCCUACGUCCUGAAGGAACGGGCCAUCAACGGGCUGGCUGGGUUCCUGGUGGGAGAAGCAGUGUCGGGCGCUCUGAAGGACUUCCUCACGGUGAAGAAGCAGAUGUUCAACAGCACCGUGACUGAGUUCGCCGCUGACCUGGCGGAGGAGCUGGUGUAUGAGGGGAUGAUGGAAGUGUGUCAGUUCUCUCACCCCUCCACCCCCCUCACCCCCAGUGACCGGUCCUUCGGCGUGGGGGAGGAGGACGAUGAGGAGGUGGUGUCCUCCUAUGCCUCAGACCUCUCUGAGUCUGUCCUCCAGGAGGCCUUCAUCGAACUGUCCCAGGCUGACGUGGCCUUCACCACCCAGGCAGCCAUCAGUGUCUCUCUGGACAACAUAUUCUACGUCAGCGCUGACGACACACACACUACCUGCAGUACUGCUGCCGACCACCAGGCUAACCCUGCCGAGGAAGGCCCAGGUCCGUCAGGGGACAAUGGCUGUACUGUGAAGAAGGCUCUGUUCUGUGUGUCUGGGAUGGCCAGCUGUGUACCUGUCCCCCAGGCAGGCCAGGCCAUCUCCCUCUUCCACGACUCAGAGGAGAUCUGUCAGUGUAAGACCAGCCUGGCCCAUACCUCCCAGACCAGCCCCAAGAGGAGCUGCAGCUCAGAGAGCAGAAUGGUGACCACAGCCUCCUCUGAUUCUACUGCUGCCACACAGACUGACCUGCUGCCAAAGACCCCCUUUCACAACUUCUCUGGCAACAUGGUGGAUAUGAUAGUGAGUGAAGCGUGUGAGCUGAUGACUGCCACAAAGAUGAAGAAGAAGGUGGAGGACUGUGCUGACUUCCUUUCUAAAGCCAUUGUUGGUCAGGGGACCUCCAUCCGGACAGGAGGGUAGUGUCACUGACCAGACCUCCCUCUCCUCUCUCCACCCUCCUUCUCAGAACCCAGUGAGAGUGACCUGUGAGUCAGGCUCCAGGACCAGCAGAGCAGUCUCAGAAACCCGGCCUGUGAUGAUGAAGGACACUCUAGAGGUGCCAUGGUUGGAGAUGGACGGCCGGGAAGGCAGGAAGAUGGCCCCUGGCGAGGAGAUGGUUCCCAGCCCUGGUCGCAAGUCCAAUGGGACCCCUGGUACGCCCCCCUCCACCCCCCAGCAGCCCAGCGAGGUGUCCCAGGAGAAGCAGAUCAAGCAGUUCUCCAAGAAGCUGAAAGGCAAACUGGCCAAGGAGUUCUCUCCCGCCACCCCUCCUCCCACCCCCCACUACCAGCCAGGGCCUGAGCCCAAAGAGUCUCCCUCUGAGAUGGACAAGGCUGACUUCAUGCUCAAACUGAUGAGGUCUCUGUCUGAGGAGGCAGACGGGAACGAGGAAGAGGAGGAAGAGGGUGGAGUAGAAGGGCUUAACUCUGGAACCGAGACAGGAAACCGUCCGCAGCCAGAACUCAACCUCUUGUUUGGAGGACACAAGAUGGCCGACAAGGGAGCCCUCCAUUACGCAGAGCGCCUGGCGUGCCACAUCGUCUCCAUGGCGACAGAGAUGGACACCCUGGGAGGAGUGGAGGAUGGAGGUAGGAGGACGGUGGAGGAGAGGAGAGACAGCGUGGCCCAGUUCUCGGAGCAGACCCUGAACACGCUGUGGAUCUACGCUGGUGAGGUAGCGGGAGAGGUGAUCAGCGACGUGAAGAGGUUGAUGGGGUCAGGAAAGUGUCGUCACAGAGCAGUCAAACGAGCCAGCCAGGACUGGUCAGGGGAAUGCCCUCACCACCACAACCAACCCCAGCCCAGUGAACACAGCAGGGGCUGCAGGGUGGGUCGUCUGGCUGAACAGUGGUCUGGUGACCUCCUCUCCUCUGUCCUCCACCCAUCAACUUCCACCUCUACCCCCAGCUCUGGCCUGUCCUCUGACUACCCCAGCUGUGAAAGUGUGACAGAUGAGUACGCUGGCUACCUCAUCAGGGUGUUGAAGAAAGAGGGAGGCAGCAGAGAGCUGGUCCUGGAUCAGUAUGCCAGCCGUCUGGCCUACCGCUCCAUCAAACUGGGCCUGGCCCAUGCUGCCCGCAACAUGAAGAAGAGACCCUCCUCCUCCUCUAGGCACCACUCCUCCAGGAGGCUCCACCAGGAUGGCUGCAGGGGGCCCAACGCUGAGCCGUCUGUACCCAGGGACGAAGCAGGGAGAGUGGGAUCUCCUUCCAGCGACUCUGAUGAUGGGAGCCAGAGGGAGUACAUGGAGCUGGUGAACUUCGCAGAGUCGUUGGCGUACAACAUCACCUGUGACGUCACACGCAAACUCUGUGUGUCGUCGGUCAGACUACCCAAGUCCCUGACUGACUCGUGUCUGUAUAAGAAAUUCAAGCUGGAGGAAAUGGCAGGGAACCUGAUCAGGAACUCCUUUUCAUGCCCCCUGCUGGCGAAGGAGGGAAAGAGCAGGCAGUACCAAAGCACAGGCAGCCUGUACGACGGAGGCUGCAGCAGUGGAGUCAUGCAGGUCAGUUUGGUUUAGUUCAUAUUUUUAUUUGAGUAGAGAAAGAUACUGUUAAAACAUGUACACAUUCAAUUAACAAGAGUCUGAUUCAUGUUAUCAUCAUUUCAUUGUAGCAUCAGACUUCAGCUUGCUCCAAUUCCCAGUGUUUGUCUCUGCAGGUCAUGGAGCACUAUGCCAGGAAGAUAGUGGACGACACGCUGGAGAUGGGCCUGGCCUCGGCCGGACACCCAGCCCAGCAGGGUCCAGACAGACACUCCCUCUCUGAGAGGCCGUCUGAGGGGGGAGCAGUGGGCUCUGCACUGGGGGAGACAACCUGCCGAUACUGCCAGGUCAGGAAGUGUCACAGACAUUGUUUUCUAUGGAUUACUUAUGAGGCUCUAGCACCCACCCAUUUUUGUAAUAUACAGUUAUUGAGUAUUCAUGUUGUUUGUUAUUACAGGUCAGUGAGUGUCCGUUCUGCUCGCGGCCUAGCAGGCAGCACCACCUUGGGGCAGGAGCAGGCCAGAGGAGGAGGCCGGACGGGGAGGUGGGGGUGUGUGGCCUGGAGAUCCCUGAGAUCCACAUCGAUCUGGACCGCAGGGCAGUGUUCGCAGAGGAGAUCGUCACUACGGCAAUGGAGGGGGCGAAACGAGAGCUGAGCAACACCAGCCUGAACGCAGACAGCGGGAUCGGACACGACGGGCCCAGCUUUGCCGAGAGUCUGACCGCAGAGAUCAUGACGUCCGUGCUGUCCAACGCAUGCCAGACCGGCAACCUCAGGUACAAAUACAUUAUGACAAAGUCUGUGUAAGACACGACACCACCACUCUGUGACUAGCCGUAAUGUUGUGGAGAGCAACCACAUGAUGAGUCAAGCCCCAUAAGAUUCCAAGACUGUUCACAUGGAUUUCCUUAUGGUUAACCCUGAUGCUUAGUAAUAUGUAAGGGUUUGACAAAUUAUUGUGACGCACCAUCUAAUUGAAGAGUCCAUCAUUUUCACAAUUUUGUACUUGACCAGAUUACACAACAAUAGUAAAGGAGUCAAGAAGAGGUCCACCAUCUUGAUUACUAACUAUAUUUCUCUCAGUCCCUAAUGUUGGUAGUAUUAUGAACUGUAUCUCUCUGUAGAAAGAUUAUAUAUCUGUAUCUUUAUUCAUGUGUCUGGGUUCCCUUUCUCCAUGUCCCUGUGGUAGCUCUCCAGGCAGGGAGGCCACAGAGUCCACGGUGUCCCAGCAGCUCAGUCUGAGUGUGGGAGACGACAGUCUGGGCAGCUGGUCCAACCUCAGCUUUGAGGAUGAACACCCUGACGAGACCAGUAGCUUCCUGCACCUCAGCGAC